CGCGCGCAGAGCUUGUCAGCGCCGGCGCGGGAACGGUCGCGGCUGCCGGCCCCCGACCCCCGCCCGAGGACGCAGCCCGGCGCCACAGCACCCGGCCGCUGCGCUCGAUAUGGCCUGCCGGCCGCGAAGCCCCUCCGGCUGCGGGAGCCGCCGCGACGGCGACGCCAGCCCGCCGCCCCCCGCGAGGUGGAGCCUCGGACGGAAGCGCAGAGCCGACGGGAGGCGCAGGAAGCCCGAGGACGCCGAGGGCCCCGCGAAGCCGCCGCGAGACUGCAGACCCGACAGUUUUACCACUCCCGAGGGCCCCAAACCCCGUUCUAGAUGUUCAGACUGGGCAAGUGCAGUCGAAGAGGAUGAGAUGAGAACCCGAGUUAACAAGGAAAUUGCAAGAUAUAAAAGAAAACUCCUCAUAAAUGACUUUGGGAGAGAGAGAAAGUCUUCGUCGGGAAGUUCUGAUUCGAAGGAGUCGGGGUCCGCAGCACCAGCUGACUUAGAGACAGAUGAAAGCGUGCUCAUGAGGAGGCAGAAACAGAUCAACUACGGAAAGAAUACCAUUGCCUAUGACCGCUACAUUAAAGAAGUCCCAAGACACCUUCGCCAACCUGGCAUCCAUCCCAAGACCCCCAACAAGUUCAAGAAGUAUAGUCGGCGAUCGUGGGACCAGCAGAUCAAACUCUGGAAGGUGGCGCUGCAUUUUUGGGAUCCUCCACCUGAAGAAGGAUGUGAUCUGCAAGAAAUACAUCCUGUGGACCUCGGGGAAAUGGAGACGGAGUCCGCAGAAAGCAGCUCUGAAUCCCAGACAAGCUCUCAGGAUAACUUUGAUGUGUACUCUGGCACACCCACUAAAGUCAGGCACGUGGACUGCGGAGUGGAGGACGAAUUUGACUUGGAAGCUUGUUUAACGGAGCCCUUGAAAGAUUUCUCAGCCAUGAGCUAACUGGUGCCACCUAGAGGCCACUGGGAGCGAGAGUUGCCUCUGCCCGGCAGGUUGGGGACCGGCCAAGCAUGUGUCCUGCGUUUGUAACCGGAUGGCUUCUGUUCAUAGUUCAUUAUCACAUUAGCUCGUGGUGAACUGUUAUUCUUGCCUUAUUUUCUUAAGAAGCGUUAAUUUUAUGUAUAGCGAGUGUAUUUUGCAUGUUUUAAAUUGUAAAUGGAACUAAAUCCAAGGAAAAUUGAACUUGAAAACUUAAUUGCUUAAUCUCUGCCAUUCUCCAAGUUACCCUGACAAACCUACUUUUAACUGGUUCUCCACCAGUAAGUUAGACACCCGGUCUCCACUUGUCAGGUGGCUGGUUUGGGUUUAACCACACGCUCACAGGACCAGUCUCGUGGCGGCUCUCUUUUCCGGUAGCUGACUGAGUGUUCUCAUAAUUGGAUAACUUGAAUAUCGUUACGGAAACUUAAAUUUUGGGUCUUUUGUCAGUAUGUCAAGGUGUGGUUUUUUUUGCCUCAUCCAGAGCACUGAAUAGUCAAAGUUAGUAAAUUGAGCCGUUAAGUUAAUGGAUUUUAUGUAAGUUAUACAGUCUUAAUUUGGUACUUGUAAAUAGCACUAGGGAGGCCUUCCACCCGUAACACUCCAAGAGUAAGGCUGCCAGCAGAGGGGCUUAGAAUGGAUGUUUUUUUACAAUCAGUUAAUUCACCAUGUAAAGUUGCUGUAAAUGACAAUGUGUACAGAUUUUCUGUUCAAAUACUCAAUUGUAAACUUCUUGUUAAGACUGUUAUGUUUCUAUUGCUUUUGUAUGGAACGAUAUUGCAAAAAUAAAAAGAAAAGAACCUUC